AUGUCUCUUCUUCCACCUCCCCAUACUUCUGAUACCAUGAAACAAAUAACCAGACAAACUAAAAACUUGCACCUAUAUGUUUCUCGAGGAUGCCCGUUCGCCCACCGAGCUUUGAUUAUGCGCGAUCUGCACAAGCUGGACAAUAUCAGUGUCGAUGUUGUGGACCCAGUCUUGGGAGACAAGGGGUGGGUGUUCUCGCCCUCGAAGGAAGGGUGUACUAAAGACACAAUCUAUGGGCUCGACACGCUCCGUCAAGUGUACGAAAAGGUCGACCCUGGCUACUCAGGAUCCAUUACCGUCCCUCUAUUGAUUGACACUCACUCGAACAAGUUGGUCAGCAAUGAGUCAGCCCAGAUUGCCGAGAUGAUGGACGGCGAGUUUGACAAACGGGUCAAGAAGAGUACCGACUUUGUCCACAAAAACAUCACUCUUGCCGUGUACAAGGUGGGCUUCUCUAAGGACCAGACCGCUUACAAUGGAGCGAUCAAGGAGCUGUUCUCGGCUUUGAAAAAAGUCGAGAAGGAUCUGAGAGACAGCAAGUAUCUCGCUGGAGACAGUCUGACAGCAGCCGAUGUGUUUCUGUACACUUCGAUUGUCAGAUUCGAUCCGGUCUAUGUGCAACGGUUCAAGUGCAACGUUGGCAUGAUCCGCCAUAACUUCCCCUGGAUCCAUCUUUGGCUGAGACACCUGUACUGGCAGGUUCCAGCAUUCCGAGACACAACUGAUUUUUCGCACAUUAAACAGUUGUAUUACGACAAGGGUCCAGAAAGCAUUAUCCCUGCUGGUCCGGUCCCAGAUAUCGAGAAACUCGAAGAGUGA